AUGAACUUUCGGUGGAAGUCACGCCUCCAACGUCCCCUUUUGGGUAUUGCCGCCUGGCGUUCUGCUUCUCUCCUUGCAAGCCAUGCGAACGACCGGAAAGUCAUAGAGGUCGCCACUGAAGGCUUUCGCGAGGGAGGGGUUCAUGAGCAGGCCGGGGGUGCGGAUACGUCUGUGCAGACUUCUACGCCCUUUAAGGAUCGUUCACAGGGACAAUGCCUUUGGCAGCGCCGCUCGUUCCUCGACGUCCUCGUCAUUAAAGGGGCCGCCAACUCUCCUUCGACCGAUGGCGCCGUCAUCACCCUCGUCGGUCAGUUCAGCAACACUCGCUUCUAUCUCCAGCCGGACGCUGGUUAUCGCAACCCGACACCAUUCACGAAGAGCCUCGCAGACGCUAAGGGCACCGCGACGUUGAUAGCUUCCGACGCUGCUCCAUUUGCAGCUCACUGGAACAUUUCUUAUGACCACAUCAUGAAGCUCGCCAAUGCCGUCGCCACUCCUGGUGUGGUCUUCAAAGGUCACGUACCCGCUUUCAUGAAAAAGGAUGCGUUUAUCGGAGGUGAUGAUGGCGACCUCAGUCCUUGUCUUCAACUAGCGAACAUUCCUGUGUAUGGUGAGACCGCCAUGGCCGAGCCCGCAGCGAUGAACGACACCCACGUGUUCAACAUCCUCCCGGCGUACGACAUCGAUGGUAACCUCAUCAUGCCCAAAGAUUACGAGUCGUCCCUCAAGGGCGCUCUGGUCGUCGUUAGCGCCACCCUCAAUCACUACGAUAUUCGCGCGCGCGGUCCCAGCCCGGCUAGCAACACCUUCGUCGCCGAGGUCGUGAAGAUCAGGGUCCUCCAGCCUCCGGUCGAGGGAUUGGCUGAGAAGGUGGCUAGGAAGCGGGUGCCCACGAAGGACAACGACUUCGUGCUCGGUUCGUCUUCGAAGCGUGCUCGUGUGGUGUGA